GGUGCAGACGCAGGAGAGCAGCGGCCGGAGCGACCCGGCGGCCCGAGCGCGCUGGGGCAUGGCCGUCAAUGUGUAUUCCACAUCCGUGACCAGCGAGAACCUGAGUCGCCAUGACAUGCUGGCCUGGGUCAACGACUCCCUGCACCUCAACUACACCAAGAUCGAACAGCUCUGCUCAGGUGCUGCCUACUGCCAGUUCAUGGACAUGCUGUUCCCGGGCUGCGUGCACCUGCGGAAGGUGAAGUUCCAGGCCAAGCUGGAGCACGAAUUCAUCCACAACUUCAAGGUGCUGCAGGCCGCCUUCAAGAAGAUGGGGGUGGACAAGAUCAUCGCGGUGGAGAAGCUGGUGAAAGGGAAGUUCCAGGAUAACUUUGAGUUUAUUCAGUGGUUUAAGAAAUUCUUCGAUGCCAACUACGACGGGAAGGACUACAACCCGCUGCUGGCGCGGCAAGGGCAGGAGGUGGCACCGUCUCCAAACCCAGGUGAUCAGAACUUCAACAAACCCAAGAAACCCAUUGGCACUGCAGCCCCCCAGAGAACCUCCCCCACAACCCCGAAGACGAUGCCGGUGCCAACCCGAGUGACCAGCGUCAUCCCCAGCAACAUCACCCGGAAAAACCCGCCUGCUGCCCGCAAUGGGGGCAGUGAGGCCGACACCCAGAUCCUGGAGCUCAACCAGCAGCUCCUGGACCUGAAGCUGACAGUGGACGGGCUGGAGAAGGAGCGCGAUUUCUACUUCAGCAAACUGCGGGACAUCGAGCUGAUCUGCCAGGAGCACGAGAGCGAGAACAGCCCCGUCAUCUCUGGCAUCAUCGGCAUCCUGUAUGCCACCGAGGAAGGCUUUGCGCCUCCGGAGGAUGAGGAGGUGGAGGACCAGCAGCCGGAGGACCAGGACGAAUACUAGCUCUGAGCCCUCCUGCAUCCCGUGACGCCGCCCGGCCAUGCUCGUCCUGACAUAGACACUGGAGGGUUUGUGGGUACAGCCGCGGCCUGCACUAUCACACAUUAUAAC